AUGGACCUUUUGGAAAUUUGUGUAAGAGCCAUCCGAAGAGCCAGAGCAUUUGCUCUCACUUUUUCCAAUGACCCCUUUCAGAUAUUUCCUGGGUUUAAUUUUCCUGGAUUGGCACGCAUAGUUGAAGGAACGCAGAAUUUAGAAAAUACUCUGAAGGUUGUGGGAACACGUGGCUAUAUGUCUCCGGAGUAUGCCAUGGGCAGGAUAUUUUCUGAAAAAUCUGAUGUAUACAGUUUCGGUGUCUUGAUAUUGGAGAUUAUAAGUGGCAAGAAGAAUGCCAGCUUCUGUUUAUAUGACCAACAGCUAGGCUUUCUAGCUUAUGCAUGGAACUUGUGGAAUGAAGGCAGGGGACUGGAGUUAGUGGACGAAGUAUUAGGUGAUUCAUAUGCAUCGUCAGAA